GGCCGCCCGCGCCUGGAGCGGCGGUCCUCAGCUCGGCGUGGGUGGUCUGCCGGCCAGACUCGCUCUCUCGGACGCGAGAGGGACCAGCGGGAGCCCUCCACCGAGGCAGAGAGCUCCUGGGCCACCGCCGAGCGCCAGGCACCCGCUAAGCUGCUGCGCGCCCCGGCGCCCGGCUGCGCAGGGACAGCUAGUGGGGACUGGAGACGCCGGUGAACCGCGGGAAAGCGAGCUCCUGCCCCUCAAUCAGAGAAUCGCAGGCGAAUUUUCUGGGAUGAUGGCAGGUGGUGAAUACUCUGAAGAGGCUCACCCGUCACCCAUCUGGGGAUGUUAGAUGUCACAGUGGAUUCUUGGUCUCCAGGGCCCACUGAGGUAAGAGUAAGGUCUCUGGGCUGCUUGGCUUUAGACUGGCUGAAAAGCAGCCAUGGAGAUGGUGUCAGAGCAACUCAAUGGGAGCCAAACAUGGAUGCCCACUCCAUUCGACAUCAGUGACUCGGUGGGGCCAGGCAACAGCUCCAACCAGACAGAGCCAUACUACGACAUGACAAGCAAUGCGGUCCUCACGUUCAUAUACUUUGUGGUGUGCAUCAUCGGGUUGUGUGGCAACACGCUUGUCAUUUACGUCAUCCUCCGCUAUGCCAAGAUGAAAACCAUCACCAACAUUUAUAUACUCAACCUGGCCAUCGCAGAUGAACUCUUCAUGCUGGGACUACCCUUCCUGGCCAUGCAGGUAGCGCUGGUCCACUGGCCCUUUGGCAAAGCCAUCUGCCGGGUGGUCAUGACCGUGGAUGGCAUCAAUCAGUUCACCAGCAUUUUCUGCUUGACGGUCAUGAGCAUUGACCGUUACCUGGCUGUGGUCCACCCCAUAAAGUCGGCCAAGUGGAGGCGACCCCGGACAGCCAAGAUGAUCAAUGUGGCUGUGUGGGGAGUCUCUCUGCUGGUCAUUUUGCCCAUCAUGAUAUAUGCUGGUCUUCGGAGCAACCAGUGGGGAAGGAGCAGCUGUACCAUCAACUGGCCAGGUGAAUCCGGGGCAUGGUACACAGGGUUCAUUAUCUAUGCCUUCAUCCUGGGGUUCCUGGUACCCCUCACCAUCAUUUGUCUUUGCUACCUGUUCAUUAUCAUCAAGGUGAAGUCUUCUGGAAUCCGAGUGGGAUCCUCCAAGAGGAAAAAGUCAGAGAAAAAGGUGACCCGAAUGGUGUCCAUCGUGGUCGCCGUCUUCAUUUUCUGCUGGCUUCCCUUCUACAUCUUCAACGUCUCUUCUGUCUCUGUGGCCAUCAAUCCCACCCCAGCCCUGAAAGGCAUGUUCGACUUCGUGGUGGUCCUCACCUACGCUAACAGCUGUGCCAACCCUAUCCUAUACGCCUUCCUAUCUGACAACUUCAAGAAGAGCUUCCAGAACGUCCUCUGCUUGGUCAAGGUGAGUGGCACAGAUGAUGGGGAACGGAGUGACAGCAAGCAGGAUAAAUCCCGGCUGAAUGAGACCACGGAGACCCAGAGGACCCUCCUCAACGGAGACCUCCAAACCAGUAUCUGAACUUCCCGGAAACACACACAUGCACACACAGACCAAGCUCUGCCUCUUGGCAAUGGGCUUCCCACUCAUUCCUGCCUCCCCGCCUAUCACGUGGUUUCUAGAGCAGAGGACUGUUCUACACAAGCCCAAUGCAGAGUACAGUAUUUGAGUUUGCUUGGCUGAUUGGGAGAUAAUAUAUUCCACUGAUUACUUCUUCUCUAAAGUGAAUGUUUAAAUGCAGGCAGACAAUUCAAAAUCUGGAGAAGAAGAUACCUACCGUGUGCCUGGGUGUGACCUUGAGAAA